UCCUCCCUAAACACGUAAUUGUUUUUUUCCUUGCCCCGCGGUCCUCAGCAGGGAAGGCGCCUAGUCCAAACCACUGGACCGCCAGGGAAUGCCUUAAUGCUCCUUGUUUUUCUUUUUUUUUUGACAUGGCUAUCAAUUCAGUUUUAAUUAUUUGUUUAUCACGUUCCCCCACUUAACAUAUAUAUGGCUACAUUUUUCCAAGCUGCUGCUGCUGCUGCUAAGUCGCUUCAGUCCUGCUAGUCACUCUUAACUUCUCCCUAGUUUUCCAAAUACAGAUUAACCUUAUUUGCAUUUGGAUGAGGAAGAAACCAAGGCUCCGAAGCGGAGAGGCCCGGCUAGGAUCUGAAGUCCAAGCUGGUGGGUUCCAUCUAGACCUGUCCUGGGCUACUGGCUGACUUGCUGUGGCAUUGGCUAUGCGGGAUGCCAUAUGCUGGGGCUUUCGUUUUCUCCAAAUUCAGCUUCAGUUCCGCACAUGUGUUCCUGACCAGUUUAUCGCUGAGUGACUGGUGCUCUGUAGUAGUUUCCGCCUCCCACCGCGACUAUUUCUUGCGCUCUCAAGCGGUUUCAGUUCCCGUAAGGCGCAACCCCUAAUGCGGUCCAGAGCUCGAGUGAAGCCUGUGGUCUCCGAGCUGUGUGCCACAGCCGUGCCCGGAAGUCUUGGGGCCAAUCGGAACAGCCAAGGCGAUGCUGUGGGGCCCUGUCCUCUUGCAUUUCUUCCUAGCAUACCUGCCAGAGACACAAACCCGAUCACACUCUCUGCAGUAUUUCUACUCAGUUGUGUCUGAACCGGGUCCAGGAGUCUCUUCAUUUAUGGCUUUUGGCUUCGUGGACAACCAGCCCUUCAUUCGCUAUGAUAGUGAAGAGAUGAAGGCAAAGUCUUGUGUUCAUUGGUUGAGGGAGGAGCCAAGUUACUUUGAUGAUGAGACCAAGAUCUUCACAAGUCGGAUGAAGAUUUUCAACUUAAAUCUGAGGAAUGUGCAGCAAUAUUACAACCAAACCAAGGAGGAUGGUCUGAACAGAGCGCUGGCACUAAAGCAAACAAGCCCCCACACCCUCCAGUUCACCUACGGCUGUGAGCUCCUGGAGGAUGGCAGGACUGCGUGGCACUGGCAGUAUGGCUAUGAUGGUGAGGACUACCUGAGCUUGCAUAUGGACCCUCUGCAAUACACAGCAGCCACAUUCGUUGCUCAGUACACCAAACAAAAAUGGGAGGCCGGUGGGAACUUCAUAGAGAGAGACAGGAACUACUUGGAGAAGGAAUGCAUCCUGUGGUUGCGGAGAUACUUGAAGUUUGGAGGGGAGAGCUUGAACCGCACUGAGCCUCCCAAAACACACAUGACUCAUCACCGCAUCUCUGACCGUGAGGUCACCCUGAGGUGCUGGGCCCUAGGCUUCUACCCUGAGGAGAUCUCACUGACCUGGCAAUGUGAGGGAGAGGACCAGACGCAGGACAUGGAGCUUGUGGAGACCAGGCCUUCAGGAGACGGAACCUUCCAGAAGUGGGCGGCCCUGGUGGUGCGUUCUGGAGAGGAGCAGAGAUACACGUGCCGUGUGCAGCACGAGGGGCUUCAGGAGCCCCUCACCCUGAGAUGGGAACCUCUGAAGACCUCCGUCCCCAUCACAGGCAUCAUUGUUGUCCUGGUUCUCCUCGUGGUCACUAGAGCUGUGAUCUGGAUAAAGAAGCUCUCAGGAUAUUAUCAGUCUACAAAUGGAAAAAAUAGAACCUACUUUCAGACUGCAAUCUAAGAGAACGGCUUUGUCUGGAACUGAGUGAUACAAGGUGGGGCAGGAGAAGGCUGUGAGGAGCUGAGUGUGGAUGGGGCCUGGGCCCAGUCAGAGCAUCAUGGACUUUGAUAUGGUCGCUGCUGUUCUCAUCAUUCAACUCCUUUGUCCUUGUCUCUUCAGUAGAACCUUGUCUCCCCAGGACCCGUGAUCACAAGGGCUGAGACAUCACCUGAACCUUGUCUUGUCUUCUGGACUGUGGCCAGUGAGGACCUUAUGUGGCCGGGUCAACCAGGGCUCAGGACUGGGUCUGGUCCUCAGUCCUCAUCUUUUAGGUGUUGAUUUUUUUUUCUUCUUUAUUUCUAUAGAGCCUUACUCUUCUUGUUCUUGCAUAUGGAUUCUAGGCUUAAUUUCCUCUAGGUGUCCCCCAUCGCUACAGGAGCAGGAGUAAUUUUUGCCUGUCAUUGUCCCCACAAGGCUCAGGGGGCCCCUGCUCACUGUAGUGUCUGUGGUCUAAAGAAAUGAGUCAUCCAGCUCUUACCCCUCUUCCAGGGCUGUUUUCUGUGCUCUUAGCUCUAGAAGUGCUAGUGGUGGCUCAAAUCCAGACUCAUGGGUUUAUAAAGCUGAGUCUAAUUUAGAUUUGCCGUGGUUUGGGAAAUAGGACCCAUAGGUCAAGGACCAUCGCUUUCUCGAGUGGGACAUGAGUUUGUGUGCUGUGGUGUGCAGGAGGGUUGCUGGGGGAGGGAGGGAGAGCAGCACUUGUGAGAAAAGCAAGGCAGCACUGACACCAGUCAGAGUAAACGUUGUGCUGUAGCUGCCGCAAGACAGCAUGUGGCCCUGGCUACGUUAAUAAAGAUACUGCCUUUAGAAUAUGGACUUCCCUGGUGACUCAGGUGGUACAGAGUCUGCCCACAAUGCAGGAGACCCGGGUUUGAUCCCUGGGUCACGAAGAUCCCUUGGAGAAGGAAAUGGCAACCCACUCCCCAGUAUUCUUGCCUGGAAAAUCCCAUGGACAGAGGAGCCUGGUGGGUUACAGUCCAUGAGGUUGCACAGAGCCCAACAGAAUACAGAGGUGCUGUCCACUUAUCAUUCAUUCACCUGAUCUAUGUGUUGUGUCAGAUACAUCACACAUUAUUUUUGCAUCUAAGAAAUUUCAGAAAACCAAAGUCAGGCAAAGUUAUUGGCCUGUGGAGCUUGUUCUAGUGAGAAGAGGCAGAGUGUGCAUUAUGAGCCUAGUAAGUGAGGGAGUGUUUUCCCUUCGAGGUGGUGAGUGCUCUGAGGAAGGUGACCCAGAGUAUGAGUGUGUGGGGACAGGGAAGGUGGCUGUGUUACUAGGUUGGUCAGUGGACCUCAUUGAGAAGGUGACUUCUGAGUGAAGAUGUGAAGGACAUGAGGGAAUGCCCACAAGGAGGUCUGGGCGAAGUUCUGUCCAGGCAGAGGUGCUUCAUUGAAAAUGCACAAGGGCAGGAGAGCAUCUGUGUUCAAGGAAGAGUGAAGAGGACGCAGGUGUGGCUGGUGGAGCGAAGAACUGAGAUGAGGUCUCAUGUGUGCGCAGAUCAUGUGGCUUUGAGAAUAUUGGAUUGACUUUUCUCUGAGGAAGACGUAGCACUCCGAGACAGUUUUGGGAGAAGAGGGACCGGUGUGACUUCUAUUUAGAAGCAUCAGUCUGGCUGCUGUGCUGGGGACAGAGCUGAGAAGUGAAGAGUGAACGAGGCGGUAGUAGAGACUGUAGAAAUAGUGCAGUGUCCAGGUUGGAAAUGUUGGUGGUUGUAUCACAUGUGGGCAGGGAAAAAUAUUACAGAGUGACUAGAACUGGAUAUAUCUAAAGAUGGACUUUACAGCAUUUCCUAAAGGAUUAAGUCUUGAGUUGUGAGAAAGAGGACACCCAGACUUUCAGGCUGUGCAAGUGGCUCAGUGGCAAAGAAUCUGCCUGCCAAUGCAGGAGACCCAAGAGUCUGUCCAUUUACCACCCAGUACUUUUGUGAUGAAAAGAGUCAAAUGUUGUUAGCUAGAAACUAAAAGAAAAGAAAUGAAAAGAAAGCUAACUUUGUUAAUAGUUAAUGUUCUCUCAUUUUUCUCAUGGAUCAAAGAAUUCUCAAGGGUAUUUUUAUUUAAUAGUGACAUGGUUUAAUAAUCAGUAUGACCUUAAAUAACUUAGAAAGUAUUAUUAUGUACCAAGGGAUGCACAUGACCCAGACCUGACCAAUCAGGGUGUAACCACAUUAUACCACAUCUGCCUAGCAACAGGGAUUGGUCCAAGGAUAACUGUCUCUGGUCCUUUAUGUAUGGACACAGUGAGAAAGAGAUUUAUCUUUUUGCUUAAGUUGUUUAAGCGGGGCAGUGUGAAGCAGGUUAGAGACGACCUUGGGUACUUUCCCUAAGAACAGAGAGAAAGAGAUCUGACGACAAGUUGGAGUCCCUGGAUCCAGUCAUGUCUCAAGUCAGCCCCAUCCUUGCCCUCUCAGGUAAAUCAACACAUUUAAUCUCUUCUGCUAAAACUGUUAACUUGUGACUGAAAGAGUCCUGCCACAAUAAUGUGAAUAUUGAUAUUAUUUUGGAUGUGAGGGCAAUCCAGUUCCAACAUCUGUCACCUCGUUUAUCGCCAGGGUUGAUUCAGCUGAUCUGGCUGGUUAGGCGGGAGUCCCCUUCCCCCCUCAUUGCUCCAUGUGUAUCCCUCUCGAAGCUGCAUGCAUGGCCAAACAGGAUGACCGUCCCUGAUAGAAGAGGGCUGGUCUUUGGUCAAGGAUAUUAUGAGUAGCUGCACUCCCUUGCUAGAACCUCCAAAAAGGCAAAUAUUGUUAUUUUUAAUGGGGGCCCAGUAGAAUUUAGUGUUCUUUCCAUCACUCAGCUCCAAUGACUAGAAGUAUAACCUCUAUACUUACAUUACUGUGUGAGCCCUUGGAUAAUAGUUCUGAGUGAUGCUCUGUGGGAAGCAAGGGCAGAAAGAAUCCUACCUGGAAUACAAGUCAGCCCAGAUCAAGAUCAAUCCGUGAUAUUUCCAGGAUGGAAGAGUAACAGUAUAAUCAAUUGCAGGAUUUCUCUGGUGGUCCAGUGGUUAAGAGCCCACCUGCCAAUGCAGGGGACGUGGGUUCCAUCUCUGGUCCAGGAAGAUCCCACAUGCGCAGAGCAGCUAAGCCUAUGCUCCAAAACUACUGAGCCUGCGCCCCCUAGAGCCCGUGUUCUGAAACAAGAGAAACCCGCUCAAUGAGGAGCCCGCGCACAACAAAUGGAGAGUAAGCCCUGCUUGGCGCAACUAGAGAAAAGCCCAGCAGUGCAGUAAAAAAUAAAUUAAUUUAAAAAAUCACAUUUGGCAUAUCUGCUGCAAUUAAGCUAAUUCGAGUUAAGUUCUCAGAAGUUCACUGUCAUCUACCAUGAUCCAUCCAAUUUUUGCUGGAACCAGACUGGCAAAUUCACUGCUAGUAUGUUUGGACCACACUCCACCCCACAUCCCUUAUGUAUUCAAGAGAGGUAUUAAGCGCUUUCAUUACCCUUGAGAUAUAAAAUUGUUUUAAUUUUCUAUCCUGGCUAAGGUUCAAAGGCUAUUUCAUGGGCUUCCACUUGGCCUAUAUUAUCACCAAGCUUUUAUUGCACAGGUUAAACAAAUGUGAGGUUCCAGCAAUUGUUAAACAUGGCCAUUCCAAUGACGCAUUUGGAAACUGGGGAAAUAAUAACGCGGGGGGAGGGGUGUGUGUGUGUGUGUGUGGACACAGAGAAUCCACUGAGACAUGGGUGGGCCUGAGACAGGACACAAACUGUUUCCUGGUCCUCGUAUCAGUCAGUUCAGUUCAGUUCAGUCGCUCAGUCGUGUCCGACUCUUUGGGACCCCAUGAAUCACAGCACGCCAGGCCUCCCUGUCCAUCACUAACUCCUGGAGUUCACUCAAACUCAAGUCCAUUGAGUCCUCAUACGUCUUUUCUAAUGGGAGUCCAUGGCGGUGCUUUGGUUCUCUAGGAGUGUCAAACUGGACUCUGGGUCUGAUAAGCCUAGCAAAGAUCUGGGCAUUUUCUUUUUUCAGUGUAUUGUGGCCGUUGAUUCCUUUAGUGAAGGACUUGGGGAAUUACUAAUGUACCACACCUGCUAUAGUGUUACAGAAACUAUCUAAUUAAUGGAUUCUGGGUCUGAGAUCUGGCUCAGAUCUGGAAACUGGUCAAGGAAUCAUAACUUUCUAUUGAGGCCGUUUAUCUCAGCCUUCAGCUUAUUUGUCAUUCUUCUACUGGUUCAAAUAUUAGGCAACACUCUUGUAAGCUGCCCUUCUAUCUUGCCCCAAGGAGUAUAAUGGUCUGUUACCCAUUUCCAAAAUUCCUCACAGUCAGAAUUUCUCUGGUUUCAAUUCUGACAAUGAUGGCUAUUUUGACGAUUCUGCUCACUUGGUUUCUUACUUGCUGUCACCUGUCCUCUGGCUUUCUGGGAUCUUAUUAUCCCCACUAAUGCUAAGGAGACAUUAAUGCUAAGUUCUGUGAUAUUAUCUCCUAGAGUCAGCCCCAGCUCGCCAAGGACAGACACAAUGAGCUUGAUACUCCCCUUACGUGUGCAUUCCUUAUUGCCUGAUAAACAGUAUCCUUUGGGUCUCUCCAAGGAAACAGUCACCUGUGUGUUUUCCAGUUCUAUAGCGUAGAUUCAGAUUAGCGUGCCCCCUUCUCUGAACCUUUUCAUCUUUCUUUCUACAAACUGCCAUGGCAGUUCUGGCAUUUGUAUUUCAUUUAAUUGAGCCAUCACUUUCAUUAGAACAGUUUUUUUUAGAUAUAAUUCACAUAUAUUAUUCAAUCAUUUAAACUCAGUAGUUUUCACUAUGUUCAUGGAGCUAACGCAACAAAUACCACACAUCAAUUUUAGAACAUUCUCAUCACUCCAAAAACAUUUUCAAAAACAUUUUCAUCACCACACAUCCAUUAUUUCUCAGCAGUCAUCCCCAUUUCCGCCCAGCAUUCCCUGAGCCCUAGGCAACUACAAAUCUACUUUCUGUCUUUCUAGAUUCACUUAUUAAGGACCCAUUGUUGUUCAGUCACCAUGUCGUGUCUGACUCUUCGAAGAAAUGGACCCAUUAGAUAAAUGGAAUAAUACAAUGUCAAUCUUUGGUGACUGACUUCCUUCACAAAGCAAAAUACUUUAAAAGUUCAUCCCCCUUGUAGCAUGAAUCAGUACUUCAUUCCUUUCCAUGGUCAAAUAAUAUUGCAUUAUGUGGAUAUAUCACCUUUUAUUUAUUCAUUCAUUCAUGUGUUCAUAGACAUUUAGGUUAUUUCUAUGUUUUGGUUGUUACAAAUAAUGUUGCUUGAACGUAUGUUCCAAACUUAAUAAUACACUUUAAUAAUUAUUACUUCAUGUAAUUUUGGGAAGUUUCUAUGUUUAUGUCUUCAAGGUCACUGAUUCUUUCUUCUGCAAUGUCAAAUCUACCAUUACACAUCUACCAUAAUCUACCAGUCUACCAAUACACAUCCAGUGUAUUUUUAUCUCAGACAUUUUCAUCUCUAGAAUUUUAAUUGUGAUCUUUUAAACAUAUUUCAUGUCUCUGGUAUAACUUUUUGAACAUAAGGAGUACAUUUAUAGUAAUUUUUUUUAAUUGACUGCACUGUGCAAUGUAUGGGAUCUUAGUUCCCUGACGAGGGAUCAAACCCAUGGUCCCUGCAUUGGAAGGCAGAGUCUUAACCACUGGACCACCAGGGAAGUCCUAUAAUAAUCUAUAGUAACUUUUAUUGUCACUGUCUGCUAAUUCUAACAUCCGGGUCUCUGCAAUUCUCAACUCUGUCCCCUUAACUCACUGGGACUGCUGGGCUCUCUUAGGGCUCCUCCCUUCCCACACUGUGUCCUGGAAGCUCUCUCCAGGAAGGAAACUGGACAAUUGUAGGCCUUGCCGCUUUCGUUUUCUUAUUUGUAGAAGCCACGGUGCUUGUGCUGCCUGAUGUCCAGGGUCUGAAUACUGUUGUUUCAUAUGUUUAUCUGAAUUCAUCAUUGUGUAAGACAAGAGAGUAAAUCUGAUUCUUAAUGCUCCAUGAUGGGAUUUUCAAGCUUGUCAUUUUUCUCUUUACAUAAAAUAUCUGGGUUGUUUUAUUUUCUGUUUUACAAUUUAAAAUAUUGAAGUUUUAUGUACUAUCUAUUGUUUCUUGAGGUUCUCAAUCAUAUUGUCUUUUGCCCACUUGUACUUACACAUCUGCUCCCAGCUGUUCCUUUAUCUUGCACCAUUAUUUGUGUAAAUUCUUUGACACGUAACAGGUUAAAUGUCAAACAAAUAUAUUAGCAAUAAAUGUGAACAAAAAUGAAAA